AUGUUCCCCUUACCUUCAACGACUGUCCUUGUCACGGGCGCAAAUGGAUAUCUGGGCUUGCAUGUCCUGAACCAACUACUCAGGGACGACAAGACAGUUUGCGCUGUAGUGCGGUCUGAUAAGGCUAUCGAAACGGUCCGGGCUAACUUUAAAGCCUAUAUUGAGUCUAAUCAGCUUCGCAUCAUCACUGUUGAGGACCUUACCAAGCCUGAAAGCUUCCAAAACGUUCUUGACGAAACCAUUGCUAGCAUUGCUCAUAUAGCAAGUCCUUGCCCAAUGGGCAAGAAUAUCCGCGACAAUGUGCGCGAUAUGCUCAGUCCGGCCAUUACUGGCACUACACCCAUACUCAAUGCAGCCAAGACAUACGCAUCCCCGUCGUUGCGUAGAGUUGUGCAGAUAUCAUCCUUUUCUGCCAUGCUCGACCUUUCCAAAGGCUCGCGUCCUAGAUACGUCUAUACCGAAGCCGACUGGAACCCUAUGACAUAUAAGGAGGCUAUGGUUAAAAAGAAUAAGCCACGUUUAGAUAUCGUAUGCCUAUGCCCAUCGACAAUCUUUGGCCCUCACAUCGAGACUAUUGAUUCGAUGGUUCGUCUACAAUUAACAGCCUCCUUGCUCUGGAACUUGGUCAAUGCUCCUGAAGUGCCAUCUCUUGAUUUUGCUGGUGCGGUCGACGUGCGCGAUGCUGCCUUGAUGGUUGUAGCUGCCAUCGACAAGCCAGAAGCUGGUGGCAGAAGAUUUCUCCUAGCUGAGCAUUUCGACUGGCAAAGUGCUGCUAAUGCAGCGAGAGAUGGCCUAUCGAACGAAGGCCGCUCUAGAAUUCCUGCGGGCGAGCCCGGAUUUAAUAUAGGCCACUGGUAA